AUCGUUACCGUGUUAUGAGCUAGAGGAGAGAGAUGGGGGAACCGCGGUAGAGUUGGUAUAGCAAUGAGUUAAGGAAAAAACAAAGGGCAAAAGAAGCAAAACCGGAAAUAGAAAUGAAGGGGAAUUAGUAGGUAGUGAAGCGAGCAAAAGGAGCGUACGCUUUAUAAGAACCGAAAUGUAGCAGAAAAUACGAUGAAUAUAAUGAGACAAUUUAUGGGACAGAGUUACCAACUAAAAGCAAAAACCAAUGUUUUAUUUUUCUUCUCUCUCCCAUUGUUUUCUCUUGUGUUUUUUUAUUCCCUGUUUGCAACCAUUGGCUCCAUUACGUGUUUCUGUUCGUUUCUCUUGCGUUGCGUUUUCUGUUCCGUUCCGUGGUUAUGUUUUCCAGCGGACUUGGUUUGUAUUCUGUGGAUAUGUUUCAACUGUUUCGUUUUCCAUAUUCUUUUCAUUAUUUAAUGUUUGGUUUUCUUUUCACUUUCCGUAGCUUAGCAUUGGAUUGUACUUAAGUGCUUAAGUAAUCAGUGCUCUUCCAUCGCAUGUCCGCUUAUUGGCCGAAAGGGAUAGGGGGCGUGGAAUGUGGAAAACAUGAAUUAAUUUAGUAAACGAUAGUACAAACGCGCGUGUGCGGGCAAACGUAUUGCGAAAGAUCGCAAAAGCCACGAGCCCCUACAUACAAUGUCGAGCUGCACGAGCCGGACGAGCUCCAGAUACCAGGUUAAAGAUGAGCAAAAUGGAUCCAUCCAUCGCUAAUAAAGGAUCGCACUACAAACCGCGCAAGUAAGUGUGUAGAUACUAGUAUAGUCAACGAAUGUUUGUUAAGAGGCAAACAAAGCAAAUAUGGAAGAAAAAAAACUAUGCCAGAUGUGUUGUAGGGUUGCACGGUCGCCACACCCUUAGUUGUGUGCGUGCGCGUGUACGUGUGAAUGUGCGUGUGUGUGUGUCUGUGUGAAGUUGUGAUGGUAGAUGACUCUAUUGUUGUUACUUGUUGCAUGUAUCUAUUAGAAAAGAAAUGGAAAGAGGGAGAAGCGGGUGAUCAGAAAGUGUGAGUCGUACCUGCUUCGCGGGCCCGCUGGUGAGUGAGAGUGGUUUAUGCUGCUUGCCGGCUCUCACUGAAUUUGCCACUUUUUCCUUAGUCGAUUAGCUCUCAGUGGAUGUGCGAUGAGCGUACGCAUCGCCCUUAGUUAAUGUUCGAACCCGAACACUAUGUAGCUUUGCAAGGAAUUCAUCGGCCUCGCAAAAUGUUGUCGUUGUUUUGUACAGAACAACGAGCAGCUACAGCUGACGCGAAGUAGUGUCUUAAACGCUCUUAAUAGUAGUUUCGGUAGUAACGAGUUCAAUACUUAAUGUUUCUCUGACAUUAUACUUAGUUUUCAUUUGUAUUUCUUUCGACUUUUGCUUGACUGAACGUUGUUCUACUUCGGUUUUCUCUGUCUCUGUCUGCAUAAUCAAACUCAACUCAACAUAAACAACUUUCCCAAUUCUCAAUGAAGCCACAAAGAGUGUGUCGCAGUGUAUAUAAAGGUGAACGAAGAAGGAGAGUCAUAUGAACAAAAAUCAAAUUAAACAAAACGACACAAGAAAACAAACGACAGAAAUGCAAAACAUGAAUGCAGGAACGGCAAAAGCAUAUUUUCAGUGAAUUAAAUAUAAAACAAAUAGCCAAACAGAAGCGUCCGUUUACCGUAGGGAAGAACUGUGCGAAGCAAAUGUAAAAGAAAAAGGGUGUUGCAAAAGAAGGAUAUUUUUCUAUCGAGUAAGCCAAUCUAAUAACCAUCAUUCCCGCUAGCGUUAUAGAGUGUGUCUCUAGGAGCGAGAGAGAGAGAGGUGUUUGUUCGAAUACCAUCUCUUAACGCCAAUCACCCAGACGAAGGCUGCAAAGCAUUGCGUAGUAGAACUCUGUAUCAGUAGACUGAAACGUAUAGCAAAUAACUGUUCUGGGAGAUAAAAAUGGGGGGAAAACCCCAGGAAAGAGAAGAAAAAACAUGUAACAAUUGCUACAGAUUUUCCACGUUUUUAUCCACAUUCAACACAACACAACGGCGUUAUCUCUCGACCCUAACCCGCAAUAGACAAACGCACAAUACACACAACGUAUCGUCUGUCCCUCCCAUUCCAACCUCCUCCUUGCAUUCAUCUAUUACAAUCCUUCUUCAAACGUUACAGGACACUUAAAUACAGGAUGUGGAUGUUUUUUCUAUUCACCCACUAGGACCGCCGUACCGCGACGGACUUUACUCCAUCUCUCACUUAACGAUCGCGUCGCGUGAUGAUAGAAUCUGGGAACCGUUUUCUUACCUCCCAACAAUUUAUAGCACCAAACUCUCUUUCUCGCCACUCUAAACAAUCCAUUUUACAAAUCUACAACACUCUAAUGGUUGCGCUACCCCUCGCCGUAAACCGGGAGAAUCCCGUAACCCCUCCCGUAGGCGUGGGCCCGUAGCACGGUCAAACGCUUGUUCGACGUGUUUUGCUCCAAAAGCUCCGAUCAGUAUAGAGUGCUAGGCGUUUAGGAACGAAGCGGGGAAGCGGAGAGGUUCCAUUUUAUCAACUCUUUCUCGCGUCUCGCGUGUACACGUUAGUAGUCUCGUUCCUAUGUUCUCUGCUUUACUAGCCCCGCCCUCUCCCGGGGGCUGCCAAUCAAAAAUGGAAGAAUUGAUGGGCACUUUUUGCGGAUCGCACCACCACAUUACCCAAUGGCAUCAAUUACCGUCAUACAAUCUAUGGAAACCAACAGCGUACGAUACCUUAGGAUGGAAUUAAACGAAUUCAUAAACAAAGCAUAAAUGCAUAACAGAAAAAAAACAUAUAGAUAUAUACUUACACAGAUAUAUUUAAUGCAGAUGAGAACAACGUUAAAACCUGAGACAAAGAGCAGCGUGAUGUUUAAGCGUCCCGUCUUACAUAAAGCACCAGUUAAAACAGUGUAACGGCGAAACCCUUCACAAAUGAUAGAGAAUAUGUUUAGUAAAGAGCACAGGAGGAGAGAGAUACCAACUGCGACUGCGGUUUCAUUUCUCGGAACGCGGCCAGCAUCAGCUAGAGCAGGGGUCUCAAACUCGCGGCCCACGGCCACGUCCGCGGUUCAUCUGUAUGUUAAGUUUGGUCAUUAAUUCUAUGUUCUAUGUUAUUUUAUUCGAUGCAUAUGUUGGAAUUGAAGCUUGGUGAUAUAUCUGCAAUGACAGUUUGAGAUCCUUGGGUUAUUUUGCCAUUUAAAUUGCUAUUAAAAACCCCAGAAAGUACCGGUUACCUGGCGCCUCCAUUUCGAAGGGCGCCUCCAUCAUCGGAUUGCGGCACCGGAGCUACAUCAUUUCGUUUUCCACCUCGUGGCGACCAGUUUUGGAAUUGCCUUUAACCGUUUUAGAUUAUCAUUUAUCUAUUUUUGGAAUGGUCUUUUUCAAUGGCUAUGAUAUAAUAUGAGAUUGAGAUAUGAGAUAAUAUGAGAUUGAGACCCCUGUGCUAGAGAAAGGUUAUCGUGCAUUACCGUUCGUCCGUUCCCCGUUUAACACCAGUAUAGAGCUAGAGUCAUCAUCACCAAUCUUUGUCAUCGCACGGCUUUAAAUGGCCUCACACUUCUCCUCCACUUCUUUCCAAUACACGACACCAGCUAACAUACUCACGCACACGGCUCUUAACGUAAUUGUUCUCGUUGUUAUCUCAUCUUUGCAAAAUGAUAAUAAGCAUUAAGAAUAAACCUGUGUGCAUGCAUAUAAAACAAACAAAAAAUCAUGGGAGGAUACAUGUCACUCCACAGCAUUAAACAUUAAAACGGAUCGUAAGGCAAACCUGAAACACACAAGCAUACAAUAACAACAACAAAAACUACAACAAUUGAAACGCCUUCCAUUCGUGGGCUUCUGUCUUCGUCUUUUUGGUUUUAUUUAGAUUAUUCAUCGUUACUAUUAUUCCGUUCCAUUCUCGUUACGGCCGUUGGAGACCGAGGAGUUUUCUCACCGUUUUUCUAGUAGAAAAUUAGAAAGAUAACAGUAAGCAGCAGUUAAAACGCUAUCCGGAGAUGCGAGAGGCGGUAAAGAAGGUAUAAGCACCGCAGUUGUUUCACUUGUUUUUGUACAACUGGUACAGGUCGGUGACAUGGACAUUACCAAAAAAAAAAAGAAUUCAAAAGCAAAAUGGCCAGUAAAGGUUUUGCUU